GUAACUCACCUCAGCGAAGAGUUGAGAAAAGGAAAAAUGGAGAAAAACGCAUGUGACUUGUCCAUACUACCAACUUUUGGUUCCGUUAAGACACCGAAACGAGAGGAGCCUGAGAUGAUCCUUGCUGACAUGGUAACUCGCCUCAGCAAAGAGUUGAGAAAAGGAAAAACGGAGAAAAACACUUGUGACUUGUCCAAACUACCAACUUUUGGUUCCGUUAAGACACCGAAACGAGAGGAGCCUGAGAUGAUCCUUGCCAACAUGGUAACUCGCCUCAGCGAAGAGUUGAGAAAAGGAAAAAUGGAGAAAAACACUUGUGAGUUGUCCAAACUACCAACUUUUGGUUCCGUUAAGACACCGAAACGAGUGGAGGCUGAGAUGAUCCUUGCUGACAUGGUAACUCACCUCAGCGAAGAGUUGAGAAAAGGAAAAAUGGAGAAAAACACUUGUGAGUUGUCCAAACUACCAACUUUUGGUUCCGUUAAGACACCGAAACGAGUGGAGGCUGAGAUGAUCCUUGCCAACAUGGUAACUCGCCUCAGCGAAGAGUUGAGAAAAGGAAAAAUGGAGAAAAACACUUGUGAGUUGUCCAAACUACCAACUUUUGGUUCCGUUAAGACACCGAAACGAGUGGAGGCUGAGUACGUGACUUUUUCCCGUUUCGUCUUUGCUGAAAUGGUAAAUCGCCUCUGUGAAGAGUUGAUAAAAGGAAAAAUGGAGGCAAACACUUGUGACUUGAAAGAACUACCACCUUUUACUUAUUCUAAGGAACUGAUAGAGAACCCAGACCUCUACCAGGACAUGACUUUUUCCUGGAUGAUCCUCACUGAUAUGCAUACUCGCCUCAGCGAAGCGUUGAGAAAAAACAAAACAGAGGAAAACACUUGUGACUGGACCAAACUACCAACUUUUAGUUCCGUUAAGACAACGAAACGAGAACACUCUAAGGACCUGACUCUUUGCGGUACGAACCUUAAUGAAAUAGAAACUCAUCUCAGCAAAGAGCAGAGAAAAAGAAAAACGGAGGAAAACACUUCUGGUAACUCGUCAGAACCAAGUUUUACUUGUGUUAAGAAAGCAAAACGAGAUGACUUAUGAUCCUUACCGAAAUAGAAAAUCAUGAGGAUGCAUGGCCUUUUCGUCUUCCUGUAAACUUGAACUUUGUUCCUGGUUAUACCAAAGUUAUUAAGAAGCCUAUGGAUUUUUCCACAAUUAGAGAGAAAUUAAUUAGUGGAUAGUAUCCAAACCUGGAAGCCUUUGCUGUCGAUGUCAGGCUUGUUUUUGACAACUGUGAAGCAUUUAAUCAAGACGAUUCUGAUACAGUCAGAGCUGGCCACAGUAUGAGGAAGUAUUUUGAGAAAAAUACUUAGGACAGAUACUCUCAAAGUGAGCCGAAGCUGCAAUAAUCUCUUUUUUCCUUUUCAAUAAGGACGAAUAAGACCAGCAAUGUCAACUAUAUUUUACAUAAAUGUGCAAGGCACAAGCAUAAUGACUUUUUUUCCUUAGUAAAAGUAUCACACACAAAAACAGUAUCAGAAGAAUCAUACCAUUUUUAAGGGCUUCACUCCUACAACAACCAAGGCCCUUGGUUAUUGGUUUGUGUGAUUUAUCAGCUAAUAUAGGUAGAACAGGGAAGCACACCCAAAGAAUUUUCAAAGGUAAGGGUGUUAUAGAGUAAACAGCAAUUAAAAUAUAUCAAAUUGCACUGAAUAUUCAACACCAGAGCUCUAAUGUGGGAGAUGGUUCUCCUUUCCCUCUCAAUAAAUAUCUACUUUUCCUUU